UCUCUGGGGAUCUGGAUUAGCACUUUUGAGUUGGCAAACUAUCUAGCGUGGUAAAGCAGGUUUCCAGCAAAUGAACUUCGCAAUCUGAAGAUUUCUAUUUUACACAGGUCAUAUUUACUCUUUCUGCACCAGCCAACUGUCUCAGAUAAAGGACCUUUAACCUUUCUCAGGAGUUGCUUGACGCAGCUGCCGUGAGGGCAGUCAUCUUCAACUCCUGUAAGAUCUGAUGACCACCUGCUGUUUGGCCGCGGGUCUGAUGUCUACAUCUUAGAUAGGAGUGAACAGCAGCAGCCAGCUCCGAGGAUGGAUAUAGGAGGUUUGGAGAACGUGGUAGCCAACUCUGCUUACAUCUGUGCCAGAGGCAGCUUCGACAACAGCUCCAAUACAGCGCCCACCUGGGACAAGAAGUACCAUGCCAAGCUCAAGCUGCCCCACAUCACCCAGUCUGAAGGCCUGAGGGACACGAUUGACCUGGAAUUCGACAGCAUCUGCACCAAACAGCCCAUCGGGAAGCAACUCUUCCAGCAGUACCUGGAGACGGUGCCAGAAUACAAACCAGCGUCCAAGAUCUGGAAGGACAUUGAGGAAUAUCACACGGCAGAGGACAAAGACCGGGUGCAGAAGGCCUCCAAGAUCAUAUCAAAGUACAUGCAGCCGGAGGCCAGGAACUUCUUCUCCCAACUAGAUGAGAAGAUUGUUUCCCAGGUGAAAGAGGCACACCAGACCGCUAAGGAUGAUCUGUUCGUAGAGACUCUGGAGAACACCAUGGCUUUCCUGAAGGAUGUCCCUUUCACCAGCUUCAAGGAGACCAUGUACUUCAAUAGGUUCCUCCAGUGGAAAUGGUUAGAGGCUCAGCCCAUCGGGGAAGACUGGUUUCUGGACUUCAGAGUCCUGGGCAAAGGUGGCUUUGGGGAGGUUUCCGCCACGCAAAUGAAGGGCACCGGGAAACUUUAUGCCAACAAGAAACUCAACAAGAAAAGGCUGAAGAAGAGGAAAGGCUAUGAGGGUGCGAUGGUCGAGAAAAGAAUCCUUGCCAGGGUCCAUAGCCGUUUCAUUGUCUCCUUGGCGUAUGCAUUUCAGACCAAAACUGACCUUUGCCUGGUGAUGACGAUAAUGAAUGGUGGAGACCUGAGGUACCACAUCUAUAAUGUUGAUGAGAACAACCCAGGCUUUGAAGAGUCCAGAGCCUGCUUCUACACAGCACAGAUCAUCUGUGGGAUGGAGCAUCUUCACCAAAACAGAAUCAUUUACAGAGACCUCAAGCCAGAGAAUGUACUCCUGGACAAUGAUGGAAAUGUGCGUAUUUCAGACCUUGGUCUUGCAGUUGAGCUGAAGGACGGUGAAACAAAAACAAAAGGUUACGCAGGAACCCCAGGUUUCAUGGCUCCUGAGCUCCUGAGAAGCGAGGAGUAUGACUACUCAGUGGACUACUUCACCCUGGGAGUGACACUGUAUGAAAUGAUUGCAGCCAAGGGCCCCUUCAGAUCCAGAGGAGAAAAGGUUGAAAACAAGGAAGUUAAAAAGCGUAUUCUCAAUGAUCCAGUGAGCUACACAGAGAAGUUCAGUGAAGAGGCCAAAUCCUUUUGUGAAGGGCUGCUGGAAAAGGACAUGACUAAGCGACUUGGGUUCAAGAAUAAUAGCUGUGAUGAGCUCCGGGUUCACCCAUUCUUCAGCAGCAUUAACUGGAGAAAGCUGGUCGCAGGUAUACUCCCGCCUCCAUUUGUUCCAGACUCUAAAACCGUUUAUGCGAAAGACAUCCAGGAUGUAGGUGCCUUUUCCACUGUAAAAGGUGUUAACCUUGAUGAUCCUGAUAAAGAAUUCUUUGAUGAGUUUGCAACUGGCAACAUCGCGAUACCCUGGCAGGAGGAAAUGAUAGAGACUGGUGUUUUUGGAGAGCUCAACGUGUGGGGCACUGAUGGAAAAUUACCAAACGAUCUGAGGAGGGAAUCCAUUACAGAACUGCCAGCAAACAAAUCCGGGGUGUGCUCUGUUUCUUAGGAAGGCUGCGUCCUUUUAAAGAAGAAUACACAAGAUAUCUGGCUGAAUGAAGAAACUGAAGAGCUAUGGUUAUAGAGUGCAGGAUCCUGUUUUUCAUCUGGUUUGGUGCAAGAUGUCUUCCCAUUCAGUGCUGUUAGGGAGGCUAGGGUUUCAACCUCUGAGGUGAAAACUGCUGUUGAUGCUUGUGCAGUCCCAUGCCACAAUGCAGAAGACUGAAAAACACAGGGUAGUGGGAAAGAUACUGAAAUCCCGGGACACUGGCCUCAAAACCGGGAAGAUAAAUGUGAUGGCCCUAAGCGAAAGUUCACAAAACAUGAAGAAAGAGUUUCGGGUCUUUUUUAAUAAACCUGUAUGCAACUGUUUCAUUCUUAUGUGUCCUGCAAUGUUCAUGUUUGGAGCUCAGCCAAUGGAAUGACAUCCUGCCCCAAGCCAGCUAGAAACCGAAUACUGAACACUGUACUCCUUUUAGAGUAAACCAGUAAAUAGAAGUUCAUGUAGUGUGCAGAAAAUAUUCAAGAUAUAGCCAAGUUUUAGUUAAUACGAAUACAAACAAAAUUGUAUGAAAUAAAAAUAGAAAAUCCAAUAUAUUAUACAUAUGGAACAUAUUUAGAGUUAUGUUGGAGGAAUUUUAACGUUUGAGUUGAACAUGUUGACGUUAUGAACUGGGUACCCAGGAUCAUAAUUUACUUGGCAAAAACACAAGCUGGUUGACUAACAUUGUCAUUCUCUAUAGAUUACAUGACAAAUUUGAGUUUUCAUUCCAGUAACUAGGUUUUCAGUACAGUACUUGCUGUUACUAAUGCAAUUUGAUUGCAGUGGUCUAUCGCAUGUGUAACAAAUACUGUGCAGUUCUUUCAUUAUUGUAUAGACUGUGAACGGUAGGGCAGAUCAGGCACACAUUUGCAUACCUGCAUACUGUACAUUACAGCUCCAAUGUACGUGGAUUAAAAUCUACAUUUUGAGUUACAAAGCAGGUUCACAUUUCCUCAUGAAGACAUUAUGGGCUCCCGUGAAGCAAGUGCAAAUACAAUGGCAACAUUUCUCAAGAGAAGAACGCUGCAAAUGUAAUGAUUUAAAACUAACAGAAAAAAAACUUGUUCUUGAUAAGUUUUUUUUUGUACUAGUUUCAUAGACGGCAGGUUUGUGGGUCUAAUUCUUGUUUUGCUUAAUGAACAAAAGCUUACCCUUUUGAAUCUUCACAGCUUAAUAAUGUGCUUGAAGAUAAAAGCAUACAGUUAUAACUCUGAUCAAGCUUGCAUUGUUUUUGCUUACUCCCACAACUGAAUCUAAUAAAUUAGAUUAGUGAAGUCUAUAUUUCAAACAGUCCCAUUCGGGGUUGUUUAGAAGUCAUGCAUGACAAUGAACGAUCAAGCGAUUACAGGCCUAUACUGGCAGAGAAAUCAUUAAGUGGGAUAUGAAUUGUAAUUGAUGUCUUGUACUAACGGCAGGGCCUUUGGAUAACCCUGUAUAAAACAAUUACUUUAAAUGUGUAUACGAUCCUUAAAUCCCUUUUAAAGUAAGCUUGAGUCUUCACUCUUAUUUACAAUUGCAUUAUUGAUAAAUAACCAAAUACAGCACAUGCUUUUUCAUUUCACUGUGUAAAAUGCUUAUUACAUUUAAUUUCAACUGCUAUUAAACAAUGCUAUGUAAAAUAUAUAUGUUAUUGUUUGUUGUUAACUGUGCAACAAGACCAGAAAUAUUUACUGAUAUUAACCAAGGCUUUGAAAAUGUCAUCCAUCCUUGUGUAUUUUGUUACUGGUAAUAUAAUAUGUAUAUGUAUAUGUGCAGUAGGUCAGUGUUGUCUAGCACUGGAAGUAACUGGGCAUCAGGAAGCAACAGUUUCUUUUUUAUACAUAGAUUUGUACUUGAAAUUCUGCACUAUCACAAAUAAAUGAUUUGCAAUGAAAUGG